AUGGCGUCUCCUCAGCUCUCCGUCAGCGACCAGAUCCGGCAACUGAACGAUGCGCGGAAGCUUGUCCUAAGCGAUGUUAAAUACUACUCGAAUGUGGUCAAGAGCAUCUUGCAAAUCGUUGUACCAUCCGCCCACCUCGAAUUGCGAAGAUGGGGCGCAGAGUUCCUCGCCGAAGCAUUUGCGACACCAGCACUGCCCUUGAGCGAAAAGGAGACCAUGCAACUCUUUGUUCUCGAAACACUGAAAGACCUGCUGGAAGACCCAAACGAAGAUCUGCAGGUGUUGCGCAGCGCAAUUCAAGCAUCUGCAAGCAUUUACCCGAUCGCCUUGCGGUGGAUCAUCAACAAUUCCUACGAUAACAUGACAUGGGAGCGCAUGGUUAAGAUCAAGACUCGUAUACUGCGUAUCUGGGAAAACGCCGAGCCUUCUCUGCGGAUAUGCUGCAUGAAGUUUGCGCAACGGGUUGUGCUGGCGCAGUCAGUCGCAAACCCCCAAGAACCUCGGCGCGGUGAUUCACUCGAUGUUUCUCUGGAUAAGGUGCCGAGGAAUCAUCAGACCCUUGAUCACCAGACAUUGGAGGCGGAGGCAGCUGGGUUGCUUGACAGGAUACUGGGUGGACUCCAAGAUCAGGCCAGCGAUGCUCUCCUUGUUGAUGCUACUCUGAACUGUCUGUCCAUCCUUGUACGCACGCGCCCUACCACGGCGAACAGAAUCCUGGCCGCUGUGCUCCAAUUCAACCCUUUGAAGCUUGCCAACUCGCCCAUGACACCCCGGAUACGUGUGCUAGUGAAGUCGAUGGAGAAAACCACAAGGAUGCUACUGAUGCAUAUUGCGAAACGCGAUCCUCACAACCCGAUUGUCCCUCGGAUCCAGCAGCAUGUCGAGGGCAUGAUGCGCAUGCGCUCCGAGAUCCUGGAUGAGUCAAGUCGGAAGCGUGGCCUGGAGGUAAUGCCGGAGGGCGCAGAUCUUAAAAGACAACGGACUCUUGCGCCAGCGCCACAACAGCUGGAGGUCACACCCCUAGCUCCCGGCCAACAUAGCCUCGCCGAUGUCUACACACUUACAGGCAGUGAAGGGUUGAAGGCUUUCGACAUCUCAACGGUGCCGGCAGAGCUGGUUGCCCGGAUCAACGUGUCGACCCUGUCCAGGAUAGACCCCCAAUUGCUCUACAAAGCUGUUGAUGGAAUCAAAGGGCGACUUGCCGCGCUGGCAGCCAUGCCGGUGCCUGAGAUUAAUCCCGAGACGGCGCCGCUCGGUGUAGACGAUGACGACGAUGAAUACGAGCCGGAUGAUUAUCCAGCGGAGGACACGGAGCAGAUUCUGAACAAGCUGGACAGCGAGCCGCUCGUGAAGGUUGACAACACAGAUGUUGGCCUGAAGGCCUUCAAGCUUCCACCACCACCGCCUCUGACACCAGAACUGGCCCUGAGAGGCGGCCAAGUCUCCGUCCUGUCGAUACUCGAGUUUAUCAAAUCCCUCGAAGAAGCGAACAAGCGGGUUCGAUCUGGCGUCAACCGCCUUGCAGCCAGCAGCAACGACAGGGAAUCCUGGAUCGCCAUCAUCACCCGUCUGGCCAGCAGGUCAGCAACAGAGCCAGAUCAUGCCGUGAAAGAAGAGGUCAAGUCAGCGCCGACGCUCAACAACAGCAUCCGGGAAUCCCUAUACUCCUACGUCCUCGAAGACUUCCGUCGUCGCAUUGACGUUGCCAUAACGUGGCUCACGGAGGAGUGGUACAACGACCGGCUGCGCCAGAAAACGGAGGGCGACGGCGCGCCCCGCCAAUACGAGACAUGGGCAGUCAAGCUCAUCGACGGCUUCUCGCAGUACCUGCACGCCCAGGAUAAGGUGCUGACGCGCUUCCUGGGCGAGGUCCCGGACCUGUCGCCGACGAUCCUUGCGCGCAUAAAGCUCAUCUGUCGUGACCCCUCCGUCGUGCCCCUGGUGCUGACCAGUCUGCUGUACGUGGUCAUGAUGCGGCCGCCGGCAAAGGAAAUGGCAUUGGACACGGUGCAAGACAUCUGGGUCGAGUACGAGGAGGCACGCCCGCUGGCGAGCAAGUAUCUUAACAAGUUCAGGCCGGCCUUCGUGGAGUCGGCCACUCGUGACGCGGAAGAGGCUAGCGCGCCUGCGCCGGCCCCGGUGGCGGCCGUUGCCACGUAG